AUCCUUAGUCCUUCCUCCUCACAUACCUGUUCAUGUCAUACCGUCGACUUCUGAAUCCAAGCCACUACAUACGUGCACCAUCAUGUCUUUUCCAGCGAGGAACACGAAUGCCCCCCGAGACUUCUCCAGCGCCAGCGCCGCGGGAAACCCGCAGCAAAGGGGUAUCGUCUCCAGGGCCAGCAGCCUGUACGGGGACGCGGGCUCCAGGCCCGUCGCGGCCAGCGUACCUUUGCGUUCAAACGCGCGGCCGGAGAACCCCGAGAGUCCGAGACCUGAUGACAAGGAAACCAUGAAGGGUCUAAACACCCGUCUGGCUGAUUAUCUGAAUCAGGUCAGAGAGCUGGAGCAGUCCAACGGCAGACUGGAGGAGCAGAUACAGGACUUGCUGGACCAGCGGGGAAUUGCCAGCGCUCGCGAUUGGAACACCCUCGACCCUAAGCUGGCUGACCUCCGCAAGCAGGUCCGGGAUGGUACCAUGGCGAAUGCGCGACUCAUGCUGCAGCUGGACAACUCCCAGCUUGCCACCGAAGACUUCAAAGUCAAGUUCGAUAGUGAAAAUUCCUUGCGGCAGAUAGUGGAGCUCGACGUCAACAACCUUCGCAAGAUUAUUGAUGACACCAACAUGACUAACAUGCAUCUGGAGAGCCAGAUUGAAGGACUGAAUGAGGAUCUGGUUUACCUGAAGAAGAAACAUAAAGAGGAAGUGGAGCAACUGUGCAAGAAGAUUUCUGAGUCCAACAUCAGCGUGGAGGUGGAUAGUGGUGAGGUUCCCGACCUCAGCGAGAUAAUCGCCAAAGUCCGCAAGCAGUAUGAGAAGACCGCUCAGAAGAACCUAGCGGACACCAACGCCUGGUACAAGAACAAGUUUGAUACCGUGAAAGCCGAGGAGGCCAACAACACGGAUGCACUGCAGGAGGGGAGGACUGAGCUGAAUGAGCUUCUGAAGCAGAAGCGGAUGGUGGAGAUUGAGUUGCAGACGACAGGCAAUGCGAAUCGCUCUCUGGAGAACAUGUUGAAUGACAUCGAAGCCAACAUUCAACAAGACCUUUCCAGCGUCAACCAGGUCAUCAAACAGCUGGAGGAGGAGCUUAGAAAGGUUCGCACCCAGGCUGAGUGCCAGGCACAGGAUUACGAAGCCCUGCUCAAUACAAAGACCAAGCUGGAGGCUGAGAUCAGCCAAUAUGCGCAGCUCCUACAGGAAGUCGACAGUGAGUUUGAGAGGCUAGAGCAUGCGCUGCAGCCAGGACAAAAGGAUGAGCAGAAGGUGCCUGGGGGAGAGGUGAAGGUAGAUGCCCCACAACCACCCCCAAAAGAGGGGGGAGGUGGGCCCAGUGUGUGAGCUUACAGCCCCCCAGCCAGAUCCAGAGUGUGCUUCUUUUUAAGUCUUUUCAAGCUUUUUUGAUUUUUUUUUUCUCACACACACAAAUAUAUGCUGUACGCAUGUGCAGUGAAAUGCUUUUUCUGCCUGCUUCCUGUAUUCCUGGUGUAAUUUGGGUGAAAAUGGUCAAUAAACAGCUUUGAGUCUACGUGUGCCUGUCCCCUUCCCUCUCAAAAUGUAACCUUACACAGUUCCUCUGUCUGCUAUCCACUGCCUCUGUCAGUUUGCGUUAUCCAAUAGCACCCUCUGUGGUGUCAGUCAUAACAGCAGGUCAGGGAUCUGUGCCUUUGUUCUGGGUUCAAGUUUGUAGGUUCAAGUCAACUGCUCUAGGGGUGACCCCAGACUUACUGGCACCUCUACAAAUCUAUGUGUCUGUCUCUUAAUAAGAUGUGAAGUAUCCACAUGUGCCUGAACUUGUGUUUGUAGAAAUGGCAAAUAAAUAAAGCAUCUCAGUACCAAGGGCUCAUAAAAAGACUCUCUGUGUACAAA